CCCUUUUUGGCGUCCCUGCAUGCCACGUGAUACGUAUGGCACGCCCACCAGUGUGUGAUGCUGAAGAUGGCGUGUUGUGGGAGCUGUUUGUGCUGUCAGUGCUGCUGCAGAGAGGGGGAAACCAGAACACCAGAAGAGCUGACAAUUCUGGGUGAAACUAGGGAAGACGAAGAUGAAAUACUCCCACGGAAAGACUACGAGAGUUUGGAUUAUGACCGGUGUAUUAACGAACCGUAUGUGGAGGUGUUGGAGGGGAUGGACAAUAAGAAAGCCAAAAAGUUUGAAGCUGUCAAGUGGAUGUUGGUGUUUGCUAUUGGAGUAUCUACAGGCCUGAUUGGUAUUUUUGUCGAUUUCUUCGUGCACCUUUUCACGCAGCUGAAGUUCAGUCUGGUGGUAAAAUCUGUGGAGGAGUGCAGUGAAAAUGGCUGCCUUGCUUUGUCAUUGCUUGAACUGCUAGCAUUCAAUAUGGCAUUUGUGUUUAUUGCCAGCGUCAUGGUCCUGAUCGAGCCUGUGGCUGCUGGAUCAGGUAUUCCAGAAAUCAAAAGUUAUCUGAAUGGUGUGAAGAUUCCGGGAAUCGUGCGAUUGCGCACCUUCAUCUGCAAAGCCAUGGGGGUUCUGUUUGCUGUAGCUGGAGGUUUGUUUGUGGGGAAAGAGGGACCCAUGAUCCACAGUGGCGCCAUUGUAGGAGCUGGACUCCCCCAGUUUCAGAGCAUCACCUUCAAGAAAAUCCGCUUUCAGUUUCCCUACUUCCGUAGCGACAGGGAUAAGAGGGAUUUUGUAUCUGCAGGAGCAGCUGCCGGAGUGGCUGCAGCGUUCGGGGCUCCCAUCGGAGGUACUCUCUUCAGUCUGGAAGAAGGAUCAUCUUUUUGGAACCAAGCGCUGACAUGGAAAGUGCUGUUCUGCUCCAUGUCGGCCACCUUCACUCUCAACUUUUUUCGCUCCGGAAUCAACUAUGGUAAAUGGGGUUCCUUCCAGCUCCCUGGCCUGCUCAACUUUGGAGAGUUCAAGUGUUCUGAUGUUGAUAAGAAUUGUCAUUUAUGGACAGCGGUGGACUUGGCCUUCUUCGUGCUGAUGGGCUUAGUGGGGGGCCUGCUCGGCGCCAUGUUUAACUGCAUCAACAAGCGACUCGCCAAGUACCGCAUGAAGAACGUCCACCCCAAAGCCAAAUUCAUUAGGGUGCUGGAGAGUCUACUGGUGUGUCUGGUCACUACCGUGGUGAUUUUUAUGUCCUCCAUGACCUUGGGAGAGUGCAGGGACUUAGUCUCCGUAGCAGCUAACAACACAACAGCUCCAGUUAUUAUGUCAGCAAGUGAUGAGGUAAACUCAACAAUACGGCGGUUCUUCUGCUCGAAUAAGACCUACAAUGACAUGGCCACACUUUUCUUCAACCCUCAGGAGACUGCAAUACAUCAGCUGUUCCACCAAGAUGCCACCUUUAGUCCAGUCACCCUCUCUCUGUUCUUUGUACUCUACUUCUUGCUGAGCUGUUGGACAUACGGUGUCUCUGUCCCUAGUGGACUCUUUGUCCCCUCAUUACUCUGUGGAGCCUCUCUUGGACGUCUAGUCGCCAACAUCCUCAAAAUGAAUCUUGGUAUGCAAAUAUACUCAGGGACAUUUGCUCUGAUUGGGGCAGCUGCCUUUCUUGGAGGCGUGGUACGCAUGACCAUCAGUCUGACCGUCAUUCUCAUCGAAUCAACCAAUGAGAUCACAUACGGCCUUCCCAUCAUGAUUACACUAAUGGUGGCUAAAUGGACAGGAGAUUUGUUUAAUAGGGGAAUUUAUGAUAUUCAUAUUCAUCUCAAAGGAGUGCCGCUGCUGGAAUGGGAGACUGAAGUAGAAAUGGAUAAACUCACCGCCAGUGACAUCAUGGAGCCUAACCUGACCUAUGUGUAUCCCCAUACACGGAUCCAGUCUCUGGUCAGCAUCCUGAGGACCACCGUGUAUCACGCCUUCCCCGUGGUCACAGAGAACCGGGAUAAUGAAAAAGAGUUCAUGAAGGGGAACAUUCUCGUCAGCAACAACAUCAGAUUUAAGAAAAUGAGCGUGUUGACACGGGCAGGGGAGCAGAGACGGAGGUGCCAAUCGAUGAAAUCGUACCCUUCCAGUGAACUGCGUAACGUAUGUGAUGAGCAGGUGGGAGUGGAACUAGCUGAGGAAGGACAGGACAUGCUGCAGCAGAUGCUGGACAGGAGACACGCCCCAUACCCAAGUCUAUACCCGGAUCAAUCCCCAAGUGAGGAGUGGAGUAUGGAGGAGAGGUUCCGCCCACUCACCUUUCAUGGCCUCAUCUUGCGCUCGCAGCUUGUUAACCUGCUCAUCCGUGGAGUGUGUUAUGCUGAAAGCCAGUCGAGUGCAUCUCAACCACGGCUCUCCUAUGCAGAGAUGACGGAGGAUUAUCCACGAUUCCCUGAUAUUCACGAUCUUGACCUCGCCCUCCUAAACCCACGUAUGAUAGUGGAUGUGACUCCAUACAUGAACCCAUGUCCGUACACGGUCUCUCCAAACACGCACGUCUCUCAGGUCUUUAACUUGUUCAGGACCAUGGGGCUCCGGCACCUGCCUGUGGUCAAUGCAGUAGGAGAGAUUGUAGGCAUAAUCACAAGACAUAACUUGACCCAUGAGUUCUUAAUGGCUAAGCUCAGACAGCAUUCCAUCACCAUCUGAAAGGAAGCAUUCGCAUCAUCUGUUAUCGGCUCCUGCGCAGACAGUCCCAGCUGUAUCUCUCACUGUUAAGCCAUUUCCGGCUACUUCCUGGACCACCGUAACAUGGUAAAGCAUGUUCGUACUGACUGACGCAGAAACACACACACGGGCAGCAUUUAUCAUGCUAACUGAACGCAAACUCAUGCUGAAACCUUAUCCACAUUCUCUUGUGAGACGUGAACAGAACUUUCGCCUUGCUUUAUGGACCGCAGUGUCGCACUUUUUUUGACAUAUGUUUUUGUAUUUCUGUUUCAGUUUUUGACAUUUUUUUGUGUUUGUGUUAAUAUGUUCUUGCACUAAAGGUGAAGUUCAGAAAGAAUGGUAUGUCAGAAACAAAGUCAGAAGGAAAGGUUACUGAAAGUAUGGCAUUAUUACAAUAUACCGUAUCAGAUCAUUGCAGUAAAUUUCGAUAAACCUGUUUACGAUUUAACUCAUUGAUAAAUGUUCAUUUUCAGAUGUUAAACACCUCAUCUCGCAAGAAGGGCGGUUUCUCUAGUAGAUUGUUAAAAUGGUUUUUAAGUAGUAAACGAAUACUCCAGUGUUUUUCAGCUUAAUCUCAUUUUUAAGAUUACAACCAUAAAAUAAUACAAAUUUUAAGUUAAGAUGGCCAUCCGAGAACAAUUUUACCACAGCUGAUGGGGCCACGCUUUUCCUAGCACUACGUGAUCACAUCAUGAAAACUGACCCACACCUAAAUAAACACUUACUCCAUGGCUUACUCCAUCAAGCAUAAGCUGUCACGAGGGCGGUACGGAACGCAAGGCAAAAACAUUGCAAACCUUCGGGCAUACCUUCUAAAAUGUAGAAGGAGAAAAGUCAGGGGACUAGGUUUUGACUAGUUGUCAAAAUCAAGAGGUUUUUAUGUAAAGUUAUGACACUAUCCAAGCCAACAUACAUUAUAAAGCCGUAAUAACUGACUGUAAUUUUUGGCAUCACAUUUUCAUGUUUAUGCUUAUAAAAUCUUUAUUAUAGCAUACCACAAUGUCAUGACUUAUUAUGUUAUUAGGUUAUUUGGCUUGCUCUUUUUCAUCCAUAAGUGAAAUUUCUUUUAACUAAAUUUAAGAUUCAAAGCUUCUGGCAAGGUCACUGCAUGCGUGUCAGAGCCCUAUUUGCCAAUUACUAGCCAGUCAUUUGUGAGCUCACAUAUGCAGACAGAUUUUUUUAAAUGUAUUUAUUUUAUUUUAUUUUAUUUUAAGUUUGUUCAGUUGUGAGCAGGAGUUUAAACAACAUCUUUUUAAACUCCUUGAGCAACCUAAGCAUUAGCAAGGCAUAUUUUUGAAUAGUUUUCUUUGAUAAAAUCAUCCCCAUUGUAAAAUAAAGAAGUGUUUGCCCGAACAACUGUUCUUCGACUUCUAUUAUAAUUUGCUCUUUUCUCUCCAUUAUUCUAUCCAUUUCAUCUCUAUUGAUUAGAUUGAAAAACACUGAAGUAAUUCUUCCUAGGUGAAUCUUUCCAUUUAAACUUGUAGCAAGAAAUUAUAAGACAUUUUCUAAACACUUGGAGGGAACAGCUUAAAUCUAAGCAUUCCUCGAGGAACUGGAUGCUAAGAUUUCCAAUUUUGAAUAGAAUUUGUCAUCAUACUGGAAGGAAUUUUUGGACAAAUUUUUGUUCUGGUAACCCUUACACUUCUUACAAAAGAAACAAAUAAUUAAAUGGUGGCAAAUAAACACUUGCUCAGGGUGUGCCUGUAUUUCUAAACUGAUCAAACCACCACUAAAGGACAGGUUACUAAUGAUAUGUCUAAUACUGUGAUAAAAAUGGAAAAGCUGCUUAGGCAUAUCAUCAUUUAUUCACAUUCAUGAUGUUGUGAUGUACAUAGUGAAGUGGAACUACACUAAGCAUUUCUUUUUUUUUUUAUCAGCAUUGUUUUUAUUAUUACAUUCUGUAUUUAAGAUGAAGGUUCUGUGAAAUAUCCUUGCUUAAUGAUUUUUUUUUUUUAAUGCUUGAAUAUGGAUCAAACCAAUCAGUAUUAUUGGCAAUGUGAGUAUGUGAAAAGCUACAGAUUGAAAAAGUGCAAUCCCUGCUUUUUAAUGCAUUAUUCCAUUGAUUAUGUUUCAAAUGUUGUAUUUUCCUGAAGCAGAUAAUGUAAACCAAGUACACUGUAAAAGUUGUUAAAGGACCUUUCCUGCAAUUCUUUUGUUACCAAACUUUUAUCAUGUACUAACAUAAGCAUGUUGACUAUAAUUUUUCCUUUCCUUCUUAUUCCAUUACACACUGGAUUUCAAUUUGUUUGUGUUAUUUGUAAAAUUGUUCAAAACAAAAUGUUAGCCAGUGUGUCCUGUUAACAUUUCCAAUAUUAAAUGAUUUAGGGUUUGUUUAUUUGGUUUAUACAUAUAAAGUUUCAGUAUUUAUAUUUCUUUCUGCAUUUUAGUCAGCUACAGCUAAUCUAUUUCUGAGAUUCGCAAGCAAAUUUCUGAACCCAUGGAGUCCUCUGUCUCUUAAAUGAGUCAAGUCCAGUGGUGUUGCUGUCAUUUCGACCAUAUGCACCUGGUACAAUAUACAGAACGUUUCCUCCCGGACCAUUGUGCUACAUAAAACAACACAGAUUUACAAGAGAAUACACAGAACUAAAUAAACCUGCACAGACCUACGCAGAACUGCAUCAAGUUCAUAUGUCCAAACAUUAGUAAUGUAGUAAUGAAUCCCUGGCCCUAACCAUUAGAAAUAAAAGCAUAUCUACAGUACUGUGCACAAGUCUCCAGCCACACCUCAUUUCUUCACAUUUUAUUUCCAAAGAGCUGCACUUUAUUAUUAUUUAUCAAUAUUGUUGUUGUUUUUAUUUUAGGAAUUUUCGUCUUAGUCUUGAGGAAUAAUCCUCCAGGCUUCCCGAAGGACUUUUUGGCUUUUAUUUUCAGUCCAGUCCCUGACCAGUUUCAGAGGACUCUUUUUGUUUGUUAAGCCACACAGAGCUAUGAAUCAUAUAAGAAUAAGAAAAAGUCUAACUUAAAGCAUGAACCGGUGAGAAUUAUCUUUUUAACCUUUUGAUGUAAAACAUAAACAUUUUAUCUACCUAAUUGAAAUCAUUUUAAUAUAAAGCAAUUGGGUAUGGCUCAAAACUUGCACAGUACUACAGUAUAUAACCAAGGUACAUUUUAUGUGGAAAAUACAGUAAUUGAUGAGUCAGCUCACUGACCUUUUGACCAGUUCCUCCUGAAGGAGGAUAUGUGAUUUUGCUUCAGUUGGUUGAUAUGAUUUUAUGUUCCAGUUGUCCUGCCUUGAUUUCUCUGUAACUGAAACGCAUUGAGAGUGAUGCGAAGUCCUGUGCCUUUACCUGACUUAUAAUAAACA